GAUUUCGGUCGGUGGUUGGUUGGCGGCAUUAUAGAGUUCAGUGGUUGGCAGAUAGGUUGGCUAUGUUUAGAGUUCAAGUUUACUAAUAGAUACUCGAGUGUUCGCACUAGACCAAUAGAGUACUGUAGAGUUUGCUAGUACGAUUGAUUGAUAGGCAGCAAGAGAAUAUACUUAUUUGAUACCUAUCGUCUGUUAUUGACUACUGUCUACAGGUUGAGAGCAGCCGACAGCCAUGGGAAGCCUAUUUAGCAAAAAGAAAGAGUCAAGAAUCACAGAACAGGAUAAAGCUAUACUGCAACUGAAGAAACAGCGUGACCAGCUCAAGCAGUACUCUAAAAGGAUUCAGUUGUCUUUAGAAAAGGACCGACAGAUGGCAAAAACCCUCCUACACUCGGGACAAAAAUCUCGGGCAAAGCUGCUGCUGAAGAAAAAGAGGUUCCAGGAGCAGCUGCUGACCAGGACAGAGGGCAUGCUGGACAACAUUGAACAGAUGACUCACGACCUGGAGUUUGCCCAAGUGGAAAUGAAGGUGCUGGAUGGUCUGAAAGAUGGAAAUGCCGCCUUGAAGAAAAUGCACGACUUGGUCAGCAUCGACGAGAUCGAACGGAUCAUGGAUGAAACGCAGGAGGGCAUAGAAAAACAAAAGGAGAUCGAUGACCUGCUCUCAGGCCAGCUGACCUCAGAAGACGAGGACGCCGUGCUGGCCGAGCUGGACGCCCUAGUAGCUGCCGAAGAUGCCGAACGGGAGGCGAAGCUACCGGAUGUGCCGGCUGAGCCUCUGCCCGAGCCUGAACCGGAGGCGGAGCCGGCUGCCGAGCAGCCCAAACGGGAGAGGAACUCUGAGAAGGUGGCGCUUCCAGCCUAGGUGGCGCUACCGGCCUAGAUGGCGCUACCGGCCUAGGUGGCGCUUCCAGCCUAGGUGGCGCUACCGGCCUAGAUGCCGCUGCCCUGUCGCCGCUGGGCGUUGGGUGGGUGGAAAAGAACGCUGAUGCUCACGGUGUUCAACGGGAUACCGUGUGGACGACUACAGGGACAGAGGUGUGUGGUGUGAAGGAAGAGAGACUGUGAUCGUACUCUGUUGCAUACGUAGUGCGACGGACAGCAGACCUGGGAAUAGCCUGUCGGUGUCUGUCGGGCUGCCAGAAGAGUUGGCAAGAGUCGGAGAAACGGCUUCAACUUGUCGGAGAAAGAGUGUGGGCUACGGCGCCUAUCCGUCUUAUGAAGCUGGCAUGGAUUAACCGUUUGGCUGACUAACUUUGCCGAGUCGGGCCUACCACCGUCGGCUAGUGGCAAGCGACCUGCUUCGGCUUCCACGGCGCUUACUCCAGUAAUCACUAAUCAGCUCACAUCACGUCGCAGGCUGUUGACGGAGUGGCCAGCUCCCACCACCGCCUACCGCUGUCUGAGGGACGACCUACCGCAAGCCCUUCAUUCAGCCCUUUAUCCAGCUAAAGGCGUCAGGAACCCUUCCACUCCGGUCAGUCAUUGGGGUGACUUUCACCAGUCAAACCGGCCGUCUGCUUAGGCGGGCUGAUUCGUAACCACACCGCCUAGAGACAUGAAUGUUCUAAACGGGAGCUGAUGGGAUAUGUUCUCAGUGGGACAAUCGGGACGUUGUGUGUACAAUUUGGAUUACUUGUCGAUGCAUUUUGUAUGUGUCUAGGAGGGAUAGGGACGGUUAUCCGUGAGGAUGACGGUCAAUCGUGAUGAGGAUUUAGUCACCUUGAUUUGCCGGACUGUCUUUCCACAUUCUGAUUCAUCUUACGCUAGUGUUUUGCGGGGAUACCUUGGGUAGCUGU